AUGUCUUUUGAACAACCGCGAGACGCUGGAAUGCCUCCUGCUCCAAUGCAUGGAGUGCAAUUCCAAGAUGCAAAUUCUAUGAAUGGGACCGCUGCCUCGAGCACGCAUCACAAUCCUUUCUAUGUCAAAGAUGGCGAUACUCCCCGGAUCUUCACGGUCUCGCAGGUUCCCCAUCCUCCCUUCGAGAAGCUUGGUAACCCAGGUCCGUUGGGACUCUUGAGUUUCGCGGUCACUACUUUCGUUUUAGGCCUUUACCAAUGCGGUGCAGGUCUACCUCACAGCAACCCUCGAGGCGAUGUUGGCCCAGACGCUGCGAUUUUCGGUCUAGCCAUCUUCAUGGGCGGCAUGGCGCAGCUCAUUGCUGGCAUCAUGGAAUUCCGUGUUGGCAACACCUUCGGUACAACAGUGCACAUUUCCUACGGCGCCUUUUGGCUCAGCUACGCCAUGUUUCACGUCCCAUCACUUGGCAUGGCGGCGGCCUACAGAGGAGACGAGCGCGCCAUCUCCUUCGCCAUUGGCAUCUAUCUCAUCCUCUGGUGCUUCCUCACAUUCCUCUUCCUCCUUGCCGCUCUCCGGACAAACAUUGCCAUCGUUUCGGUAUUCACAACCCUCGUCCUGGCCUUCCUCUUCCUCUCCAUCGCAAAUUUCAUUGCGACCACGCAUCCCGAUGCCGCAAUCGCAGUGAAUAAGACUGGUGGCGCCAUCUCAGUGGUUUGCGCGUUUUUGGCAUUCUACGCUGGCUCUUCUGGUCUCAUGUUACCUGAAACGACAUUUAUCAGGUUCCCGUUGGGAAAGUUCAAGAGCCCGGAAGAUCACCCGCACACCAAGGUAUAA